AUGGAUGACUGCGACACCUACUACACUGCCCUCGUCUUGGAUCCUCGAGUCAAAGGUGAAAUGGUCUUACGGGAACUACAAGAUGGCAAUGCAGGAACAAUGAUUCUGGAAACGAUCCGCACCAACCUCCAUCAGGUAUACGCACCUAGCAACCCGGAGCAUGAUGCCGCUGCACCACAGUCGUCUUCCCUAAAGCAUAGUGAUGUGGAGUCUAGGAUGCUGAAGAAGUUGCAGACGCGAGAUCCACCGCUCUCAGAUAUUGAGAAGUACUUCGACACCCCUCCGAUCAGCGUCGCAGACACGACCGGCCAGAACUGGCUCUGCAAUUGGUGGAAGAUGCACAAGGGCGAGUAUCCGCGGAUGGCAGCAGCAGCAGCCAGGGACUAUCUAGCGAUUCCUGCUUCUGAAGUUGCUGUUAAGAGAGCCUUUAGUACAGCGAGGGAUGUGCUAGGCAUCCGGAGAUAUUCUUUGAAAGGGGAUACCAUAAGAAUGCUGAUGUUGAUUCGCGACGGGUAUAAGUGGUAG